CUGCUGCGCCCCGGUACGGGCAGCUCUGGCGGCGGUCGCCCCGGCGGCUCGGCCGUUAGAGCGGGGCGGCUCCCGCGAGAGGCGGCGCCAUGGGGGUGCACGGCGUCAAGGCGGUGUUCUUCGACUUGGACAACACGCUGGUGGACACGGCGGCGGCGGGGCGGCGCGCCAUCGAGGAGGUGAUAAACGCCCUGCAGUCCAAGCACUGCUACAGCGAGGGGGAGGCCCGCCUCAUCUGCGACAAGGUGCAGGCCAAGCUCCUCAAGGAGUGCCACGACCCCGCCAAGAUGUGCAUCACCGACCUGCGCAUCUCCCACUGGGAGGAGGCCAUCCAGGAGACCACCGGCGGGGAGACAAACCGGCAGCUGGCCGCCGAGUGCUAUUUCUUGUGGAAAACGACCCGGCUCCGGCACCUCACCUUGUCCGAGGAGACGCGGGACAUGCUCAUCGAGUUGAGGAAAGGUCUCCGCUUGCUCCUCCUGACCAACGGCGACAAGCAGACGCAGCGGGAGAAGAUCGAAGCCUGCGGCUGCCAGCCCUACUUCGACGCCAUCGUGGUGGGGGGAGAGCAGAAAGAAGAGAAACCAGCGCCAUCCAUAUUUCAUUACUCUUGCGACCUCCUGGGGGUGCAGCCCGCAGAGUGUGUGAUGGUUGGGGACUCUCUAGACACAGAUAUUCAAGGAGGCCUGAAUGCUGGCUUGAAGGCGACUGUCUGGUUAAACAAAGCAAUGACUACGCCGGUAGAUAUCUCCCCAGUACCUCAUUAUAUUAUUUCUUCUGUUCUGGAUCUGCCAGAAGUUUUACAGAAGAUGGAGCACAAAAUUAAUUCAGAGUUAGGGACUGACCAUACAGCUGGUAGUAAUGACGCACACUGACAGUUCCAGAGAUGGUGACUCGCACUCUUUUAAAAAAAUUGAGCCUAGGAUUUUGAACUCGUGUAUGGUAUGCUUUCCUAAACUGCAGAUGGAUGAGUAAAAGCACAGUUGUCAGUGAAAACGGGAUAGAAACAAUGAAUUAGAUUAAUUUAAAAGAUGCAAGUGCAGUUAGUUUAGAACAACUGCCUCUGUCUGGAAAUUAUUUUGACAGACUGUGGCUGAAGUCUGUCUGUCUCUGACCUACGUCACCAGUCUCUUGUUUUUAUAACAGAGAAGAAAAAUUUGAAUGUUUUGAUCUUUCAGAUGCUUUGCUGACUUGUAAGUUUAGCAGAAACUUCAGCUCAAACCUUGUUUGCAGUGUGUAAAAGAAGAUGAGAAAAAGAGCAUGGUACAGUCUAGUAAAUCUUCACCAUUUAUCUGCAGUUUAUCUCGGGAACUGGAGUGAAUUUUGCUCUUUCUAAAACUAGAAUUUAUUGACAGAAUUUAUCAUGUAUCAGAAAGCAUUAGAAAAUGCUCUACCUUUGAUCUUUUUUUCAAGUUUUCAAGUUUUAGAAUUUUUUUUCAGACUUUGCAGUGACUUUUCUUUCAUGGAAUCUGUACCUCUUGCCUUUAAUGUACCUUAAAUGUACAUUAAAAAUUUGCAUUUGUGUAGGGGACCAUUUAGCAGAGGGACUUGAUGGAUAAGUUUUUACUUUAUAGUAUCUUGGUGCUUAUGCAGCUAUGCAGUAUACUUGUAAUUCAGAUUAUGGUUUUUGUUGGAAUGUAAUGGAUAAAACAGGGAUAUUUUCAAUGGUCUUACUGUACUGUUGGACUCUCUAAAAGCGAAUAUUAUUGUUCUCUCUGAUUUUAUUAGUGGAUCUUAAUCAGAAUUUUUGGAGAAGUUGUUCUUGGUCUUGCUCAGGUGUAUGACUACUCAGAUUCAACUGCAGGAUCAGUGCUUUUUUUGACUGUUUUAAUCGUGCUGCUACACAAUCCCUCCUUACUCCAGUUUCUACAUCUAUUUAAUGUGAUACACUCUGGAGGAAAUAUGAACUAGUUGUUUGUAAAAGGCUUUCAAUACUCUCUUCCAGGAAAUGGGAAAAUUAUGUCAUAUGUAUUACAGUACUGUGUACAAUUUUAUAAAGCAUAUGUGCUAUUUCCACUAGAUGCAGGAGACAACUCUCUUAAAACACUAAGAUUUCUCUUUCCCAGACCAUUAUCUUAAUAAUUUAAUUUAUCUGUACUUCAUACUGUAUAAUGGGAAAGUGUUCACAUAUUAAAUGGAAGUGUAAACACUUGUUGGAAAACCUGUGUUUUUCAAAACCUAGUUGCUAUAUGUACAUUGGGGUGAAUAUAUGACCAUAUCUGAGCAGUCACAUUUUAUAUUUUAGAAUAAAUCCAUGACAAAUCUUUUGAGAACAGGGAUGCUGAGGUGCUGUCAGAAGAGUGUCUGGUAUGUGGGCAGCAAUAAAAGAUCAGCAAAAAGUACAGAAACCUACCAGGAGAUGGGUGUGUAGAAGCAAUCCUAUAUAAAAGAAAGGUUCCUUUGUUUAACUUGACAUGAAUUUAAGUUAAGUCUUGAGUCUUGCAUAGGACUUUGCUUAUGACAGCAUCCAGAGGAGCUGCAGUAUAACUCUGCAGUGUUUGCACAGCAUCAGGGUGAUAGAAUUUAGCUCAGAAUGAGGUUUCUGAUACACCUGAGAUUUAAAAUAACAAAUAGUAAUAAUCCACAAUUCUGUCCGUGGGCUUGAGGGAUAUAUACACACGAGGUUGCCAUAUUUUAAGAUAAGUCAAGGCUCAUGUUCUCUUGCCACUGCAUUAUUCUGAAGUGAGAUGCUGAGCCUGCUUAUUGUGUAAAGGGUCUCUUGUUUUAGAAGAGACUACUCUUUGUUUUGCACGUGGCCAGUCCUUUUCUUAGAUCUAUGAAUCUAUAAAAAACCACUGUGACUGCACACUCAGGUGAUAGUGUGGUCUGUAGACCCCACACCCAAGUAUUUUUUUUUCUAUUGCUGAGUUCUGUACCAGACUGGAUGUGGCUACCAGUGUCCAGAUAGGCCAGUAGCGUUAUGACACUCCUAUAAAACAAGAAGAAAUAAUAGAAGGGAUUUCUCUAUGUAGGGGUCUUCUUAGAAGCAGUUACCCAAUAAGCUGCAUUUGGUAUCUGGAGUAUCUAAAUACUCCAGAUGUUUUUCUUGGGUGGAGUUCUUAUAGAAAGCCUAAUAAAAUUAAUAAAAUAAUAAAAAUAAUUGUAUUUAACAAAAUAGAAACAUAAAUGUAGUGAUGGGAUAAUUUUCACAUCAGAAGCAGAACAGAUCAAUAAACCAGUCUACAUUCAGUUUCAGUUAAGUUCUGGUUUUGCUUAGUGUUAUGCUCUAUUAGUUAAGUUGUCUAGUUUAUAUUGCUGAAACUAAAUAAAAAGAGGAAAAAGAAAUUCCAUCUAUAUUUUUUUAAAACUUUUUUUUUCAGAUAAAUAUUACCUCCAGAGGUUAAUCUACAGUAACAUUGGCUUUAGUGAAAUGAACUGAAAGAAUAGCUUAGCAUCAACUGUAUUUUAAUUCUUGAUUUAAAGUAACCGAUGUACUAGUCUAAUAAAAGUAUUUUGUUUAUAAAACAUUUAUUUUAACGCUCUGUAUUACUGUGGCUAUUUUGUGACCAGGUUUACAAUAAAGGUCAAGAGUUCUGUUUGUUUUUUAAAA